CGGCGCCGCGGGCGCCCGCCGCUCUGCGCCUUCCAGACCACCUGAUUCCCGCCCCUCUCCACGCCGCUCGAGCUGCCGGGCGUGGGUACCCUGCGCCCAGUCGGCCCAUCCGCCUCCGCCCGCAUUCGUCGGCCCGGGGCGGAUCAGGGGUCUCCACUCUCGCGAGAGGUGGGCCGCUGCAGGGCGGCAGGGGCGCCGGAGCCCGCGCGGGCCGUCGACGGGCCGAAGAUGGGGCGGUGCGCGGUGCAGCCGCGGCUGCUGCUGCUGCUGGCGCUCGUCCUCCAGCCCUGGGACCCUUGCCUGGGUGCAGACUCGGGGAAGUCCUCUAGCAUCCCCACAGAUAAAUUAUUAGUCAUAACUGUAGCAACAAAAGAAAGUGAUGGAUUCCAUCGAUUUAUGCAGUCAGCCAAAUACUUCAAUUAUACUGUGAAGGUCCUUGGUCAAGGAAAGGAGUGGAGAGGUGGUGAUGGAAUUAAUACUAUUGGAGGGGGCCAAAAAGUGAGAUUGAUGAAAGAAGUCAUGGAACAUUAUGCCAGUCAAGAGGAUCUGGUUGUCUUGUUUACUGAAUGCUUUAAUGUUAUAUUUGCUGGUGGUCCAGAAGAAGUUCUAAAAAAGUUCCAAAAGUCAAACCACAAAGUGGUCUUUGCAGCAGAUGGAAUUCUGUGGCCGGAUAAAAGACUAGCAGACAAGUAUCCCAUUGUGCACAUUGGGAAACGCUACCUGAAUUCGGGAGGAUUUAUUGGUUAUGCUCCAUAUAUCAACCGUAUAGUUCAACAGUGGAAUCUCCAGGAUAAUGAUGAUGAUCAGUUAUUUUAUACUAAAAUUUACAUUGAUCCAUUGAAGAGGGAAGCUCUUAACAUCACACUGGAUCACAAAUGCAAAAUUUUCCAGACCUUAAAUGGAGCUGUAGAUGAAGUUGUUCUGAAAUUUGAAAAUGGCAAAGCCAGAGCUAAGAAUGUGUUUUAUGAAACAUUACCAGUGGCGAUUAAUGGAAAUGGACCCACCAAGAUUCUCCUGAAUUAUUUUGGAAACUAUGUACCUAAUGCAUGGACACAAGACAGUGGCUGCACUCUUUGUGAAGUGGAUACAAUUGACUUGUCUGCAGUAGAUGUUCACCCAAAUGUAACAAUAGGUGUUUUUAUUGAGCAACCAACCCCUUUCCUACCUCGAUUUCUGGACAUAUUGUUGAUACUGGAUUACCCAAAAGAAGCCGUUAAACUCUUUAUCCAUAACAAAGAAGUUUACCAUGAAAAGGACAUCAAGGUGUUUUUUGAUAAAGCUAAACAUGAAAUUACUACUAUGAAAAUAGUAGGACCGGAAGAAAAUCUAAGUCAAGCUGAAGCCAGAAACAUGGGAAUGGAUUUUUGCCGUCAGGAUGAAAACUGUGAUUAUUACUUUAGUGUGGAUGCAGAUGUUGUUUUGACAAAUCCAAGGACUUUAAAAAUUUUGAUUGAACAAAACAGAAAGAUCAUUGCUCCUCUUGUAACUCGUCAUGGAAAGCUGUGGUCCAACUUCUGGGGGGCCUUGAGUCCUGAUGGAUACUACGCUCGAUCUGAAGAUUAUGUGGAUAUUGUUCAAGGGAAUAGAGUAGGGAUAUGGAAUGUCCCAUACAUGGCUAACGUGUACUUAAUUAAAGGAAAGACACUCCGAUCAGAGAUGAAUGAAAGGAACUAUUUUGUUCGUGAUAAAUUGGAUCCUGAUAUGGCUCUUUGCCGAAAUGCUAGAGAAAUGGGUGUGUUUAUGUACAUUUCUAAUAGACAUGAAUUUGGAAGACUAUUAUCAACUGCUAAUUAUAAUAUUUCCCAUUAUAACAAUGACCUCUGGCAGAUUUUUGAAAAUCCUGUGGACUGGAAGGAAAAGUAUAUAAACCGAGAUUAUUCAAAGAUUUUCACUGAAAAUAUAGUUGAACAGCCUUGUCCAGAUGUUUUUUGGUUUCCUAUAUUUUCUGAAAAAGCCUGCGAUGAAUUGGUGGAAGAAAUGGAGCAUUAUGGCCAGUGGUCUGGGGGGAAACAUCAUGAUAGCCGUAUAUCUGGUGGUUAUGAAAAUGUCCCAACUGAUGAUAUCCACAUGAAGCAAAUUGGUCUGGAGAAUGUAUGGCUUCAUUUUAUUCGGGAAUUUAUUGCACCUGUUACGCUGAAGGUCUUUGCAGGCUAUUAUACUAAGGGGUUUGCACUAUUGAAUUUUGUAGUAAAAUACUCCCCUGAAAGACAACGCUCUCUUCGCCCUCAUCAUGACGCUUCUACAUUUACCAUCAACAUUGCACUCAAUAAUGUGGGAGAAGAUUUUCAGGGUGGUGGAUGCAAAUUUCUAAGGUACAAUUGCUCUAUUGAGUCACCAAGAAAAGGCUGGAGUUUCAUGCAUCCAGGGAGACUCACGCAUUUGCAUGAAGGACUUCCUGUUAAAAAUGGAACGAGAUACAUCGCCGUGUCAUUUAUAGAUCCCUAAGUUAUUUACGUUUCAUUGAAUUCAGUUUUCUUUCGGAAUGUAUGCUUGGCAUGAACACGUCUUUGAAGUUGUGCUUGAGACGAUGAGAAGAAAAUUUUAAUAACUUCCACAGAACAACUUCACUUUGGGCCAAACAUUUGAAAAACUUCUUAUAAAAAAUUGAUAUUUCUUAAUGUCUGCUCUGAGCCUUAAAACACAGAUUGAAGAAGAAGAAAAAGGAAAAAAAAUGUAAAAGCAAAUAUUUAUUUCUAUGCCUUAUUGUCUCUGAGAAUAAUGACAAUUUUCUGAAUUUGUGUUUCAGUUGAUAAAGUAUUCAGGUACAGAUAUACAAGUGACAAAUGAGACUAAUAAUAUUUUCUUAUUAAAAGGCUGGGAAGAGUUUUAUUUAUCAACAUGUAGACAAAAUGGAUAUAAAUGAAAAUUUCAAAAAUUUCAGUUUUUGAAAUGCUGAAAAACUGGAGUUCUAACUGAAUUUGUAUGCAACUAAUUGUGUAAGUGCUUUUUUGACCGCCUAUAUAGGUACCUUUUACAGUAGUUACUGAAGGAAUACAAAGAACAAUAUUACACAAUGUUUUCCCUCAAGAAACUUAGUACAAAAUACAACUGAGGUACAUAUCCAGUGGAAACUAUUUCUGUUUAGAUUGUUAGACAGAUUUUUUUACAUUUGCAGUAGAAAUCAAGCCUUAUGUUCCUUCAGAUGAAUUUUCCAAGGUGGAUUAUAUUAAGUAGAUGUUAGAUUUAGGAAAGCUUUUGAGCCUUUCGAUUUCUUAAAGUACAUCAAGUAUCAACUUAAGAUCAGCAAGUGUCCUUAACUCAAAACAGGGUUUUUCUUUUUAAUUCUAGAAAAUAAUGAGGAAAAAGAAAAUUUCAUUGAGAUUAGUAGUAACACUUUAUGAUUUUUUUUUAAAAAACUCUUUUUACGUUUUUAAGUACUUGAAUUUUAUAUCAGGAAAAUAAAGUUGGUGAGCCUUUGUUCUUCCCUUUUGCCCUUUGUCUUCCUCCUAAUUCUUUUCUUCCGGAGGGUGAUUCACUUUUUUGUCUUCCCAGCAUAGUCUCCGUUUUAUCCUUCUUGCUCUUUUUAUUACCUUCCUUUUAUCCCACUUUAAAAAAUUCCCCAACACAAAAAAAUUUGUGACUUGAUUUUUUUACCAUUACUCUGAGUGAGGUUUAAAUAUUCUUAUUGUAGCUACUGUUUUUAAUUUAAAGGUUAAACUUGAAAAAAGUUUUAAGUCA